AUGGUGGCAGCAUCACCCUCAUUAACGACAAACGCUCUCGCGCGAAUGCUGGAAGAGCGACCGGAUCCUUCGGCGUUUCAACCGGUGCUACAAAUAGCAGGUAAUUGUUUUGUUUACGUUUUUUUUAUUAUUAAACGAUACUCUUGCUUUCUAUUCUUCUUCUUCGAAAGAAUCGAUUCAUUCUUUGCGCGAGAGAGAUCGAAUUUUUGA